AUGGCUCCAAAACACAUAGUUAUCGUCGGCGCAGGGAUCAUCGGAUGCACCACGGCGUACUACCUCUCCCGCCACCCGGCAGUAGCCACAAAAUCUCAGCCUUCGGACAGCACCUCCCCGUCGUCGGUAGGACCCACACGGAUCACCAUCGUCGAGGCAUCCAAAGUGGGGCCAGCGCAGGGUGCCUCUGGAAAAGCUGGAGGUUUGGUCGCGAGGUGGGCAAAACCGGAGGAGCUCGCUCGUUUGAGCUUUGAGGAACAUGUUCGGUUGGCGGAGGAGUUUGGUGGCGCGGAGAGGUGGGGGUGGAGGUUGAUAGAGGUUGGAGAGUGGAAGGGCCGUGUGGGUGGAAAGAACGGUAUACUAGAGCAUGGGUCGGGUGAAGAGGCAUCAAAAGAGAAGGUCCGGAAGGGUCUCCCGUCAGAUUUGACGUGGGUGAACGAGCAGUUGACGGACUCGUAUACACCGAUAGCUGCGAGAGGGGACUCCGCACAAGUUCACCCGUACUUGUUCACCACUAGUAUGCUUGAACUAGCCAUCCAGAACGGGGUUGAGUUCAUCCGAGGACGGGUGACAUCGCUGGAGAUGACGUCCGAUCGGGUGACCGGGGUGCAGUAUAUCCCAGUAUCUGUGGACGGUGAUGCUUCUAUGGAGGUCGAGGUGAAGACCCUCGAAGCAGACUGUAUAAUCCUGGCUGCAGGACCUUGGUCUCCAACACUCCUCCCUUCAUUGCCCAUCACGGCCGUGCGAGGACACAGUAUCAUCAUUAGCCCUCCAUCACCUCCGGUCUCCGCCGAAAUCACACACUCCCCCCAUGCGCUCUUCACGUCCAUCGCACUCCCUUCACCCACCUCUGAUUCUGCACGCCUACAGACAACCACAGUAACACCAGAGAUCUACCCCCGUCCCGACUCGACAAUAUACGUCUGUGGUCCCGGGGACACACGCGUACCAUUGCCCGCCAGCGUCGACGAGGUACUGGUGGACCAGUCCGCCUGUGAAGAUAUAUGGAAGUGGGUGGCUGAACCUCGAGAUGGCGGAAUCAUCAGGAGCGACGUGCUCGGUGAAGUGAUAUCCAGGCAGUGUUGUUAUGUUCCGUUCGUCAAAAGAUCGAGUUCGGGGGAUGCUCAUCCGGAAGGGCCUAUCAUUGGGACCAUUUCAGGCGUCGAGGGUCUUGUCGUCGCCGCUGGUCAUAAUUUCUGGGGCGUAAGUAACGCUCCGGGCACGGCGAAGGCGUUGAGCGAAUUGAUUAUGGAGGGUGAGAUGAAAUGUGGAGACUUGAGCAACCUGAGCCCGCUCAACUUCUUGAAAGAUGUACGGACUGAACAACAGGAGACAAAGCACUUGUAG